GAAUUGUCAGCCUCAUAUUCCCAUCUUCAAGUUGAAAUUGGAAGGAUGUUAAGGUCUGAGUAGGACCAAGCUGAGCAAAGUGUUGACCGACUCUCGGUUCCAUCUAUCAUGGCACCCUCUAAUGACACCAAUACAGCUAGCUUCCCAGUUGCAUCUACAUCCAGUCCUUCCCGCUCGGCCCAGGACAAUCAAGGCUCAUUUCAUGUCGCAAGCAUCGUCAUUCUCGCAAUCUCUAUAAUUGGCAUGGGUCUCCUCAUGGUCUCCGUAGUUCUUCAGCAUCGCUCAUCAGCCAGGCUCAAGCAAAGCUCAUCGGAGGUCCACAAAGACGAACCAAGACCGUUCAACAGACUCUGGUCCCGUGUACUCUCGUUGUUCUCAAAGUCGUAUCUCUGGUGGUCGAAAGCCAAGUCAGCUACCAAGCACAAGCAGGGCGAGAUGACUACUGUCAGCGCGUUGCAUGCGACAUGCACCUUCGUCGCUGCUGCACCAUCGAAAUUUCUUCCCCCUCCUGUCGUGAUGCAGUUCAGAGUACCGAACACAGAGAAGUUUGUUGUGCUAUGUUCGGUCUGUUGCCCGCUAGCGGCGCACCAUGCAUGUGGCGAUUCAAAGCCGUGGGUGCAGAGUACAUUCGCCGGCAUUCCACAUCUAGCCCAAGAACAGCUUCCCGUGAAUAAUCAACCAUCAAGUAUUCCCGAGCGUCAGCCACAUAGCGUCGAUAUCCCGCCUUUCGAUCAAGAUCACUCACCUACCAUCGAGCUACCCGAACUGUCCUUUGAAGACCAGCCCCGACCGCCUUCUACUCCACCAAAAGGGCUAAAGAGGACGCUUGCCUGAAAAGAUCUCUCAGUCUUAUUUGUAGACUCCCCCAAGAUAACAUGUCAGCAACCAGAUGCUAUGAACCUUACGAUAUACUCGUUUCAUCCCUCAAGCCGUAAGCUAGGAUGAAUGUUGUUGCUGUCGGCUGGAGUUUCACUGGACUCGGGCGCAUCCAUGUUAAAUUAAGAAACUUAUCA